AUGGUUAUCACAGACACGGCUGCGUGGGUACAGUCUCAAUCGAGAAGUAUUGUCGAUUUCAUUUCGGCACCAACCGCCAACUCGUCGUCCCUUCCACCGUACGUUCAAAUCGGAGCCGCCGCCGCCGUCACAAUGGGUCUUGGCUAUUAUCUGUCGAAGGGCGUCUCGUCUGGAUCGUCUUCCGGAUCAUCGGGUGCCUAUACCUUCAGCGGAGUGACCUAUUCGGGAAAUGUCAAGCCACUGGUGGAUCCGAUGAAUCAGAGUCGUGUGUUGCCGGACGGUUCCCGCGUCAGCGCCUACUUGAAAGACGACAAACUGCAAGCGUUCUUGUUCGAAGACGCCCGCACACUCUACCAAGGCGUCCGCCGUGGAGCCCGCCUCUCGAACAAUGGCCCGAUGCUCGGACGACGUGUCAAACAGACGGACGGCUCGAUUCCGUACGUUUGGGAGACGUACAAUCACAUUCUGGAGCGUGCCGACAAUGUGUCUGUCGCGUUCCGUGAGCUCGGCAUUCCAACUGGCAACGAGGAGAACAUUGGAAUCUACUCGAAGAAUCGUCCCGAGUGGAUUGUCACCGAAUUCGCCACGUACAACUACUCGAAUGUGAUUGUUCCGAUCUACGAGACACUCGGCUCCGAAGCAUCGGUGUUCAUUUUGAAUCAGGCGGAAAUUAAGAUUGUAGUCUGUGAUGACAAUGCAAAGGCUACAGGUCUACUAAAGUUCAAAGAGCAAUGCCCCAGCCUCAAAACACUGGUUGUUAUGGAACCAAUCACCGACGAACUCCAAACAUCGGCCACCGCACUUGGAGUAAAAGUUCUGACAUUUGAGGAUCUGGAGAAGCUUGGAAAGAACGCGAAGACUCGUCCAGCACACAUUCCGCCGACUCCAGAAGAUUUGGCAACGAUUUGCUACACAUCUGGAACCACCGGUACACCAAAAGGAGUCAUGCUCACACACGCCAACGUCAUUGCGGACGGUGUCUGUAUGGAUUUCUUCAAGCACAGUGGAAUCGCAUCGACUGACUCUAUGAUCAGCUUCCUUCCAUUGGCUCAUAUGCUCGAGAGAGUUAUUGAGAGCGUUUGCUUCUGCGUCGGUGCCAAAGUUGGAUUCUAUCGAGGAGACAUUCGGGUGCUGGCUGAGGAUAUCAAGGAAUUGCGGCCGACGGUUGUGCCAGUGGUCCCACGGGUGCUGAAUCGGCUCUACGAUAAAGUGAUGUCCGAGGUCAACAAGUCGACGCUGAAGAAGUUGUUGUUUGAUUUCGCUAUCUCGUACAAGGCGAGAGAUAUGGCAAACUUCAACAUUCGCAACGACGGCUUCUUCGACAACAUUGUGUUCAAAAAGAUCCGCGAAGGAUUCGGAGGACGUGUCCGUCUGAUGAUCACUGGCUCCGCCCCGCUCUCCACCAACGUACUCACCUUCGUACGCGCUGCGAUGGGAUGUGUAGUCGUUGAGGGAUACGGACAGACGGAAUGCGUCGCCGCUUGCACUGUCUCGAUGGAAGGUGACUCGUUGGCUGGACACGUUGGCAUGGUGAUCCCAUCGUGCCAGAUUAAACUGGUCGACGUCCCAGAACUCAACUACUACGCCAAGGAUCAGGCUGGAGAGGUUUGCGUGAAGGGACACAUCAUCUUCAAGGGAUACUAUAAGAAUGAGCAACAGACGAAGGAGACGAUUGACUCGGAAGGAUGGUUGCACACGGGAGACAUUGGCAGAUGGACGCCCGAGGGAACGCUGAAGAUUGUGGAUCGCAAGAAGCACAUCUUCAAACUGUCCCAAGGAGAAUACGUGGCACCGGAGAAGAUUGAAAAUAUCUAUGUGCGGUCCAAGUACGUUGCUCAGUCGUUUGUUCAUGGAGAAUCGCUGAAGACGUGUCUCAUUGCUGUUGUGGUGCCUGAUGCGGAGGUUCUCGUUCCAGCGAUGGCCGACCAAGGAAUCAAGGGAAGUCUCGAGGAGUUGUGCAAGAAUGAGACGGUCAAAAAGGCGGUGCUCGACGACAUGGUGGCCGUCGGCAAAAAGGCGGGACUCUUCUCGUUCGAACAAGUCCGUGACAUCUACCUAUCGGCUGAGCAAUUCAGUGUGGAGAACGACUUGUUGACGCCAACACUGAAGAGCAAACGCCCGAAGCUGAAGGCUCACUACGCGAAAGAGCUCGAGAGAAUGUACUCGAAACUUUCAUAA